AUGAUUCAGCAUCCAGACAAGAACUACAUCGACCCUAUCGAGGUAGAGAUCAGGGAUCAACAUGUCUAUUAUUUCCAUAUAGAUGAAGAACCAGAUGGUAAACAAUGGUAUUACGAUAUCAAGAAAUUCCUUGCAACCAGAGAAUACCCGGAGAAUGCUACUAAUGGUCAAAAUCGAGCCCUCAGGAGGCUGGCUAACCACUUUUUCCUCAACGGGGAAAUCCUGUACAGGAGGACCCUAGAUAUAGGUUUAUUGAGAUGUGUAAACACUGCUAAGGCAACCAGACUAUUAGAGGAGAUACAUGCAGGAACAUGCGAACCCCACAUAAACAAGUUCACAUUAGCUAAGAAGAUCUUGAUAGCUUGA